AUGUCUGCAGAUAUAGCUCCGGGUCGCCCGGGAAAUCUCACUCCUGAGCAAGAGGAAAAGUUGAGACAGCUAUGGCAGCUUAUUUUUCAAGUCUGCGGCAUCAGCACUAGCCCUGAGGAAAACAACGCUGAAACUGAAGCAUCCUUGGCCCCGGCCGAGUCUGAAAAGUCACAUGCCACAACUGACGACAAGAAGACCAAGAAAAGCCGGUUGUCAAUAUUCUCACGGAAAAGUAAGAAAGAAGCCGAUCCUGAACCAGCCGUCCCCAACGCUACUUCUGUCGUCUUGACGUCGACCAAGAAUGGUGAAGAGGACAAGUAUGGCCAGACAAAGCAUUUCUAUGACACGCUUGCCAGCCAGUCUCCCGAGUCCAUACGGUCAACAACCUGGGGCAUGGUAAAACAUGACCACCCAGAUGCUCUCGUGCUCCGCUUCCUCAGAGCCCGGAAAUGGGAUGUAGAGAAGGCCCUCGUCAUGUUCAUCUCAACCAUGAACUGGCGCGCUCAGGACAUGAAGGUCGAUGAAGACAUCAUGAAGAACGGGGAAUGGGCUGCCCUUGAGGCUGAACAGAGCGGCGACGCCGCCACGAAGAAGCUCGGCCACGACUUCCUUUCACAGAUCCGGAUGGGAAAGAGUUACGUCCAUGGCGUCGACAAGCUGGGCCGGCCGAUCUGUGUUGUCAGGGUUAGACUCCACAAGCAAGGCGAACAGGCCGAAGAGAGCCUAGAGAGGUACACGGUUUAUCUCAUUGAGACGUGCCGUAUGCUCCUGCAGCCUCCAGUCGACACAGCGACUAUCGUUUUUGACAUGACUGGGUUUUCCUUGGCGAACAUGGAUUACACACCAGUGAAAUUCAUGGUUAAGUGUUUUGAAGCAAACUACCCGGAAUCGUUGGGCGUGGUCCUGGUGCACAAAGCGCCAUGGCUUUUUCAAGGUAUCUGGAAGGUAAUUAAGGGGUGGCUAGAUCCGGUUGUGGCGAACAAGGUCCAUUUCACGAAUAACGUGCGGGAAAUGGAGGAAUUCGUGCCAGUGAACCACAUCCCCAAGGAGCUGGACGGCGCCGAAGAUUGGGAAUACAGCUAUGUAGAGCCGAUCGCUGGUGAGAACGACAAGAUGAAGGACGUCGAGACGCGUGACCGCCUACUCACGGAGCGCGAGCUCCUGGUUAAGGACUACGAGGAAGCCACGCGGCAGUGGAUCCAGCACGCCGAAGGCGAAAAGGGGGCCGAGAUCAAGGCGAGGCGCAACGACAUCGCUGCCAAGCUCCGCGAGAGUCACUGGGUCCUCGACCCCUAUAUCCGCGCCCGCUCGUACUACGACCGCACCCAUGUGAUCCAGCCCGGGGGAAAACUCAACUACUACCCCACCGAGAACAAGGAAACGACGAACGGCGAGGCCGCAACGCCUACUACGCCUACCGUUGCUGUUCCUGUUGCAUCUGCUCCUGCGGCUGCUGCUCCUCCCGAGACUUCAGCCGACGAUGUCGAUUAG